AUGAAUUAGAAAAAAAUCAACAAAAAGCUAUAAAGAUUUUUAAAUUCUGAACUAAACUCUCACAAAAGUCUUCGCUUUUAUCUUAAGGAAAAUCAAAUCGGCGAUAAAGGAGCUUCAGGAUUAGGUGCUUAUUUAGGAAAAUGUCAAAGUGUUUAAGCAUUAAAUCUUAAUAUGAGACAUAAUCUCAUUAAUGUUUAGAAAUUUUCAGACUUAUGUGUUGCUUUUACAAAAUGCGAAAAACUAGAAAAAUUAAUUCUUAGCCUGAAACACAAUAAUUUAGGUGAUUAAGGAGGAUUUGAAUUAGGUUGUGCUUUAGCAGACUUCUAAAAUCUUUCUUCUUUAUCUCUAAAGUUUGGGUAUUAAGAGAAAUUGUUUGUUCGAUUAUACUAAUCAGAUUUUGAUAAUCCUCAAAAAAGUGAACGAAAUAGUGCUACUACAUUCAAUCUUUAAAACAAUUAGCUUGGAUAAAAGGAUCUAAUUAAAUUAUUUUAAGGACUAACCCUAUGCAAAAAUCUAUCUAAUCUAAAGCUUGAGCUUAUGGAAAAUAAAAUAAGUAAUGAAGGAGUUUUAGGCUUAGUUUCGCUUUUAUCAAGCAUGAAAAAUCUGUCAUUUUUAUCUGUUAAUCUAGGAUAUAAUUAAAUCAGCUCUUCAGAUGUCAUAGGCUUAGGCAACACCUUCUAAAAAUGUAGUAAUCUUUCAGUUUUAGCACUUGAUAUGAGGGAAAAUAAAAUGAGUAAAGAAGGAAUGCUUAGAUUUUUUUCAACUUUAACAAAAUGCAAAAACCUUAAAAAAUUAACACUUAUGCUUGGGUUUCUUGGAAUCAAUGAUCAGGACAUACAAGCUUUGUGCUCUACUUUAGAAAAUUUAAAUAAUAUUUAAACUUUGCUUCUAGAUUUCUAAUGGAAUAAGAUUGGUAAUUAAGGUACCUUUUUGUUAAGUUCUACUUUAGCUAAAUGUGCUAAGCUCUAAAAUUUAACUGUGAUUCUUAGGUAAUUAUUGAUUUUUUUUUCAUUUUUGUAUAUAAAAAUUAAAUGA